AUGAAGAGGCGCGUUGUAGAAGUGGCAGCUUACCUCCAGCGCCUCUUCUCAAUUAAACUGGACUGUUCGCUGGCCUUACUGACCAUUAUUUGCACUCUUGACUAUUCGGAGAGACACAAGCGUGAACAGUGUUCAAGAAACUUUCGCGUGCCGAUAAUUAAGGCUCUUUCAAUGUUAGAAGCUGGCAGUCUGCUCAUUAUCUAUCUAUCUAUUUCAGGCUCUUCAUUAUCUAUCUAUAUAUCUAUCUAUUUAUUUCAGGCUCUUCAUUAUCUAUCUAUCUAUUUCUCCUUUCAUUAUCUAUCUAUCUCAGUCUCUUCAUUAUCUAUCUAUCUAUUUAUCUCAGUCUCUUCAUUAUCUAUCUAUCUAUCUAUCUAUUUAUCUCAGUCUCUUCAUUAUCUAUCUAUCUAUCUCAGUCUCUUCAUUAUCUAUCUAUCUAUCUCAGUCUCUUCAUUAUCUAUCUAUCUAUCUAUCUCAGUCUCUUCAUCUAUCUAUCUAUCUAUCUAUCUCAGUCUUUUUAUUAUCUAUCAUAGUCUCUUCAUUAUCUAUCUAUCUAUCUAUCUCAGUCUCUUCAUUAUCUAUCUAUCUAUCUAUCUAUCUCAGUCUCUUCAUUAUUAUCUAUCUAUCUCAGUCUCUUCAUUAUCUAUCUAUUUCAGUCUCUUCAUUAUCUAUCUAUUUAUCUCAGUCUCUUCAUUAUCUAUUUAUCUAUCUAUUUAUCUCAGUCUCUUCAUUAUCUAUCUAUCUAUCUCAGUCUCUUCAUUAUCUAUCUAUCUAUUUCAGUCUCUUCAUUAUCUAUCUCAGUCUCUUCAUUAUCUAUCUAUCUAUCUAUUUAUCUCAGUCUCUUCAUUAUCUAUCUAUUUCAGUCUCUUCAUUAUCUAUCUAUCUAUUUAUCUCAGUCUCUUAAUUAUCUAUCUAUCUCAGUCUCUUCAUUAUCUAUCUAUCUAUCUCAGUCUCUUCAUUAUCUAUCUAUCUAUCUAUCUCAGUCUCUUCAUUAUCUAUCUAUUUCAGUCUCUUCAUUAUCUAUUUAUCUAUCUAUUUAUCUCAGUCUCUUCAUUAUCUAUCUAUCUAGUCUAUUCUAUCUAUCUAUUUAUCUAUCAGUCUCUUCUAUAUCUAUCUAUUUAUCUCAGUCUCUUCAUUAUCUAUCUAUCUAUCUAUUUAUCUCAGUCUCUUCAUUAUCUAUCUAUCUAUCUAUUUAUCUCAGUCUCUUCAUUAUCUAUCUAUCUAUUUAUCUCAGUCUCUUCAUUAUCUAUCUAUCUAUCUAUUUAUCUCAGUCUCUUCAUUAUCUAUCUAUCUAUCUAUUUAUCUCAGUCUCUUCAUUAUCUAUCUAUCUAUCUAUUUAUCUCAGUCUCUUCAUUAUCUAUCUAUCUAUCUAUUUAUCUCAGUCUCUUCAUUAUCUAUCUAUCUAUCUAUUUAUCUCAGUCUCUUCAUUAUCUAUCUAUCUAUUUCAGUCUCUUCAUUAUCUAUCUAUCUAUCUAUUUCAGUCUCUUCAUUAUCUAUCUAUCUAUUUAUCUCAGUCUCUUCAUUAUCUAUCUAUCUAUCUAUCUCAGUCUCUUCAAGCUAUCUAUCUCAGUCUCUUCAUUAUCUAUCUAUCCAUUUCAGUCUCUUCAUUAUCUAUUUCAGUCUCUUCAUUAUCUAUCUAUCUAUCUAUUUAUCUCAGUCUCUUCAAUCUAUCUAUCUAUCUAUAUGUUCGUUUAUUUCUUUUUUUUUGUUUUUUUUCUCCCGACGCAACAAGCUUCCAGUCGAAGAAAUAUCGUUAUAGAAGUUCAAUUCAAUAAAGAAGAUCGUUUAUUCAAUCAACUGACUGUUGCCCAAAUCAAAGAAACAAAUGCCGAGACAGUAAACAAUUUGCUUAUUUUUUUUAAAACAAUAUUCUUUUCUUUUAGCAAGUCAGAAAUCGUUGAAACAAUUGAAGACGAAAAAGACGAUGAACGGCCCAGCUAA